GUGGCAGUCGUCGAGGACCGAAGCCAGCUGAAUAGUGCACGCGAGUAGUAGCUCUGCAACAUGAGAACGAAUCCUGUGCCCGUUCUUUCGUCGUCAUCAUCAUCGCUGCUCCAGCACUGCUGGAGCGCCAUGGGUUCAAGUUCGAGGUUGUGUUGUUGUCAGUGAUACGCGGAAACUGACCGCGUGCGCGCGAGCUCCGAAUUGUCGCUGAAAUGGCCGCUAGCAAGGGUGGGAAUCUCAUUACCACCGAUGGGACUUUAGUAAGGCCGAUUGGGUUCAAGGUGAGCUGCCUUGUGGCGGACGUCGUUUGACUUGCCUUGGUAAUACGGGUAAUACGUGCCAAGCUGGGAUAGUGAUCAGAGGAGAAGAUUCAAGAGCGUGGUGUCGAAACAAGUGCGUUGUUUGGUGAAAUUCGGUGUUGUGUUUUUCUCCAGGGAAAUUUUCGCCCUGGCAAGUGUGAGAUUAAAUGUCUUGUUUAUGACCGGGUCGCGGAACCGCGUGCGUGUAAGUGAAGAUGAAUUCCGUGUUUUCCGCAUUUAAAUCUUCCACGAAGCACGAUGGCAAGCAGAAGUCAUCGAGCGGGAAGAAAAUCGCCCAGGAUCCGCCCAGUAGCUACGAGAAGCUACGGCACAUCCGGGAAAUCAGCUGCAAUAAGAUGAACAAUCUGGUGGUGCUGGGGGACCAUCAGGUUGAAACGACGGCGAAUGGCGGGGGGUCGUCCUCGUCCUGUGCGACCACACCGGUCCAAAGCCCUUCCAGCGAAAAAAGCCUUGAACUGGAACUGGCCGCAGCAUCCGAUGGGGUGGACCAGGUGGACCGGGCCAUCCCAUUGGCGGUCGAACCCAGCAGCAGCAGCUUGGCAGCAGAAUCUGCUAUCGCUGCUACGACAACAGUAACAAAACCAACGGCAACCGUUAAGGCUGACACAUCGAGUGAUAGUUUAGGCGAUAGUAUAGUAGUGAACAAACCUCCUUCGGGGGCGGCAGCAGUGGCGGCGGCUGCGGCGGCCGCUGCAGCGACCAACGGUGGCGUAUUUGCCGUCCCUGCACCUCCCGCCGCCAACAACGCCUCUUCGUCAACGGCGACGAACAACAUUCCGACCAACAACAGUAGUAGCAACAGCAAUCAGCAGUGGAGCAGCAACGGCAGCAGCAGCAGUGCCAGUAGUAGUCGUUUCCACAAGCCCAGACUCAGCCUGAGCAACAGUCUUGGGUUGAUGAAUGGGGGAAGUAGCGGAAGUAGCAGCAGUAGCAUCACCAGUAGUAACAAUGCAAUGCCUUCGGUGCACGGGCGCACCGGUGGGGGAUGCGGCGGCGGUGGCGGGAACGGCCCUGCCGGAGCUCCCCAGAAGACCAGACUGUCGACGCACCAAAGAAAUCUUAGCUUAGACUUUAGAUCAAUGGGAAUCCUAUUACCUCCAGUGUCACAGGUAACCAAUACUCGAAUAAACAUGACCCAGCACCAUCGAAAUCGCAGCUUGGACAGCGCCCUCCAAAGGAUACCAGAGGUGGAGGUCUCGUCGCCCAGUGCCGAGUCGGAGAACACCCUGUGCACGAAUUCGAUCCUCGGCACGACUAUGUGCACCAAAAUCAUGCAGUCCUCCUCGACGAACCCGCCCAACACGCCGGCCAAUACGCGGGGGAUCAGCAUCAGUGAUGGUGGGGGCGGGGGCGUGCCCAGUAGUAAUGGCUGCGCGGAAGAUGGCAACACUGGCUGCAGCAGUAGUAGCCGAAGUAGCAGUACUAGUAGUAGCAGCAACGGCGGCUGUGGUGGUGGCGGUGCUGGAAUGAUGGACGAAGGCGGAGCUGGUUCUGCGCUUGUGUCAUCAGGAUCGACACGGUCGGGGAAAGUGACGACAGAUGGCGACGUCCAUGGGGGAAAAGAGAACGAUAGCAAAAAGAGGGAAGAUUUGACCAGCCUAGGGUCGGACGAUUCCGGCAUCAUCUGCGGAUCGGAACCGGACCACACCUCGCUGACGCGGAUCUGCCGUUCCCGGGAGAGUCUCGAUUCGGGCGAGAUCGACCCCUCGGAGGAGGAGUGCAUCGAGAUCCUGGAAACGACCUCGAUGGACGAGGAGUACCGCAUGCUCCAAUCAGAUCUGUGCUUUUACCCGCUAACGCUAUCCUCGAACGGGGGAGGAACAGAUGGCCAGAGCACCAGUAGCAGUACGAUUGGUGGUGGGAGUGGUCCCCGGGACAGUCGAAGUGCCAAGUCGUUCGAGAGUAGCGGAUCGUCGUCUUCCACUGCGGCGGACCAGGGUACCACCGUUAGCGACAGGGUUCGCUAUCGGGAGCAGAACAUCAACCGGGCGGCCAUCAUGCUGGAGACGAUAUGCGUUCCGAUCGAUUACGAGGAUGGACCGACGGGACAAACGGAUGUUCCGGCGGAUGCAGCCGGUGGUGAAGACGAAGUGGACGCCGUGACGCCCAUAGUAGGGGAGAACAGGUUGAUUGUCUCCGGUGGAGCGGCGGAAGCGGAGGAAGCGACUACGCCUGUGGUGGAAACGAAAGAAGCAGUUCCAGUAAAUCCUGUGCCAAGUACUACUAGCCAAAAAAGCGACCAAAAGAACGAGAUCAUCUUCCGGAACUUUUUCGGCGCUACCAAGAAUGCCAUUUUUAGGACAGCCCAGAGCAUUAUCGAUAAUCACGAGAAGAAGAAUGCGAAAAAUAAGGAAAAGGACGAAGAAAAGGUUAAGUCUCCUACGGAGAUUUCCAAGAAGCGAGAAUUUGGGGUUUUGCGAUCGAGGAUGAGGAAAUCGGAAGCAUCUAAUAGCAGUAGCAGUGCUGCUGCAAGCAACAGCAAUAGUACUGCCGCGAGCAGUACUAGUAAUACACUUAGUCCGGAACCGCUGCAAUCGCCGGAAGCGGAAAUCAAAAGUCUUUCAAAAUCUUCGUCCACUAGUUCGUUAAAAGUGCCGGGAGUCGCCGUGGCCACCUGCCUCAACCCAAAGGAAAUCAUCGAACCUCAAAUCAAGACGGAACGAGGCCAAAGCGGUUUGCUGAGGUUCUUCGAGUCGCCGGUCUUCAAUAUCCACUUUGCCGUCCACUACCUGUUCUACUCGAAGGAACCGGGCGUCCUCAGUUUCAUCGGGAACAAAAUCUUCAGUUUCCCAGAUAUAGAAGUUGAUCUGUAUAUCCCGCAACUGAUUGUGAUGUACAUGCAAAUCGAAGAACUCUCGGAAGUUCUCGAUCCGUACCUGGUCUACCGGUGUCGGAGGUCGGUGGACUUUUCGCUGAAAUGCGUCUGGCUACUAGAGGCCUACAACUUCAACAUGGGGAUGCUGAGCAACAACGGGACCUCCAUCCGUAAGCACCUAUCUCUGUUGAAGGAACUAUACCCAAAGCGGGAGAGGAAGCAACAUCUCAAAGCAAUGGAAUCACUUCCACCUUCUGUGGAUACCGUUAAGAAGACUCACCAUCGGUCCCAAUCGGAUGCUACCGGUCUGAUGGGAUCGCUCUCCCUGAACCCGCGGCUCUACCCGUCCCUAUCCAAGCCCCUAUGCCUAGGGGAUCUCAGCAGUGGCCGGGCAUUCGACAACGGGUGUCUCUGUUUCGAAUCCGUCCGAGGCACAGUCAACGAUCUGCUCGGCCAGCAAACGAUCUGCUCCUGUGGUGCCCCCAAGCUAACCCCGGAACGGGAGUUCAUGAAAUCCCUCAUCGACAUCGGCCGGAUGUUAACCUCCCUGCAGACCAAAAUCGAAAAGACCUCCCAGCUGAGGAUACUCCUGAACCUGAUCAACAAGAACCUCCCGGCCAGGGUAUGGCUUCCACUGCACUCGGAAACUCCACAUCACGUCGUACGGAUAACGGAAGAGAAAACCGCCGUGCUGAACUCCAAGGACAAAACGCCCUACAUCAUCUACGUGGAAGUGGUGGAGGUCAACGACAUCUACACCUCACCAGUAAUCCCGAAAAUGAUGCCCACCCUGAGGCACACCAAGAGCGAGGAACGGUUGGACAGCGGCGCCCAGCCGAACGCUUCCUCGGAAACGAACAUUCCGGCCGCCUUAACUACUACUACCCCCGGUUGUGUUGCUGCUGGUCAACCGCAACCCGCCGUGAAGCUUCUGCGAGUACCGAAGAUGUCCGAAUGCUCGAGCGUAGGUGGACCGGAGGUGGCAUCACCCGGCGGCGUUGGCGGUGCACCUCCCAUGGCCGGCCUGACGGGGAUGUACGAUUUCGGGUUCACCGAGGAUGACGUGUGGUCUCAGGAGGACGACGAGAUCACGGCGCAGUACCUGAAUCUGCACAAGAGCCUGUCGGAGCGGGACAGCCUAUCGCAGUUCUCGAUGGAUUCGUACGACUCGCGGGAACAAUCGACCCCGGCAGUGUUCAACAUCGGUGAGGUUCGCAAUAGACACUGUGCCAAUCUGAGUUCGGAGAGCACACGACCCUUUAGCAACGAUCCGGAGGAUCCAUCGGCUGCCGUUUUGAAGGAGCCUUGGCACGAGAAGGAACGGCAAAUCAAGGAAAGCUCUCCCUACGGACAUCUGCAGAACUGGAAGUUACUGUCGGCAAUCGUCAAGUGCGGCGACGACCUGCGACAGGAACUGAUGGCCACGCAGCUAUUGGAGAUGUUCCAGCUGAUCUGGAAGGAGGAAAACGUAGAUCUGUGGGUGCGCCCGUACAAGAUCGUCUGCCUGUCGAACGAUUCCGGACUGAUCGAACCGAUCCUGAACACCGUGUCGCUGCACCAGAUCAAGAAGAACUCCAGCAAAAGCCUGAGCGACUACUUUGCCGACGAGUACGGCGGCGGCGGCGGCGAUGAUGAUUCCUCGGACCGGUUCCGGACGGCGCAGCGCAAUUUUAUGCAGUCCUGUGCGGCGUACUGUUUGAUUUCCUAUCUGCUGCAGGUCAAGGAUCGCCACAACGGAAACAUCCUGCUCCACUCCGAUGGCCACUUGAUUCACAUCGACUUCGGGUUCAUCCUCAGCAUAUCUCCCAAGAACUUAGGUUUCGAGCAAUCGCCCUUCAAGCUGACGCCGGAGUUCGUGGACGUGAUGGGCGGUCCGUCGUCCGAGCUGUGGCUGGAGUUCAAGUAUCUGCUAUUGGAGGGUCUGAAAGCCGCGCGGAAGCACAUGGAUCGCAUCAUCAACAUCGUGGAGAUCAUGAGGAGCAGCUCGCAGUUGCCGUGCUUCAAGAACGGCUGCUCCGGUACGGUACGCAACCUGCGCAACCGGUUCCACAUCAACCUAACGGAGCAGGAGCUGGAGCGGAAGGUCGAACAGCUGGUGCAGGACUCGCUCAACUCGUUCACGACCAAACUGUACGACAGCUACCAGUACUUCACCAAUGGCAUUUUGUGAGAGCGAUUCUUCAUGAAGAUCUAAGCGUGCGGUGGCCCGGCGACGUAAGUAAUGCGCUCUCAAAUCAUAGAUGGCCAUGAUGGCCACAUGGAUGGAUCACGUGGGAGAUAAUUAUAAAUGCAAAAAGUACAAAAACAAGUUUCUAUUGAUGUUUCCUUUGUUUUCGUUUUGUAACAAAAAUAUACACAUUUAUUACCAA